AUGUCUGAAGUGCCAAAAUUAACUGGUGAAGAAUUACUUCAACAAGAAAAUAUAAAAUUAUCAAAUGAAAUUCAAGAUAUACAUCAACAAAAUAUCGCUUUAAAUGCUGAUAAAGAUAAAUUGAUAAGAGAAAAUGCUAGAUUGAUUAAUGAAAUUGAACAAUUUGAAUUAAACAUUCAACAAUUAGAAUUUUGUAAUAGACAGUUAGUUGAUAGGAAUAAUGAAUUAGUUGAAAUUAAUAAUGCAUUAAAAAUAGUUUUUAAUAAUGAUGAUACAAGAAAUUUUUUUAAACAAAAAAUGAGUUUAAUGAAAAAUAUUAUUAUUAAUAUGAUAAUUAUUUAUUCUUCAAUAUUUUUAUUUUUUAUAAUAUGUAAUAAAUUUGAAUAUACUAUUACAUGUAUGCCUAUGAGUUAUAAAUAA